CAGUUCUCCCCCAGCAUUCCUCGUGUAUAGUACCAUUUUCCUUAUAAAAUGAAACACAUUUUUUUAGGGUUUCUAUUUAGCCUGCUUUUGCAAAGAUCAAUGACUACAAGUUUGCCGGGUGAGGAAAUUAAGGCUCAAGAUUGUAGUAGCUACAUUUGCGAAUCAGUCAGAAUGAUCUUGGAACAUAUGGUUGUUAUGAAUGAACGAAUCAAAAAAUUAGAGGGUUUUUCAAUCGAGUUCGAAAACUUUAAGAAAGAGUUUACAGAUAUAAAUCAAAACUCCAAUGAAAAUCUACGAAUUCGGUUAGAAAAUCGGACUGCAGAAGUUUUAUCAGAAAACUCGAAAAUUACGGAAAUGGUUCAAAGAUUACAGACCGAUUUCACACUGCAAAAAGAAAAUCUUAAGUCCCUGGAAGAAAUAACAAAAGAAAAGCUGGAAAGUCAAGAUAAUAAACUGACUGCUGAUGGAGCAAACAAAGCCGCGGAAAUAAACAAACUAUCAACUAGAUUUGAUAGUAUGGAUACACAGAUCGCUGGGCAACAAAAAAAGAUUGAUUUGCUUCAGGUAGAACUCAAUGAAAAACUAAAAACGAUUGAUGGAUUCCGAAAGUUUGAGGAUCUGACUACUAAACAAGUGGAAAUGGAGGCAGCAAUCAAGAAAAUCGACGUAACAGUCAGAACCCUGACUUUUAAGAAAAUUGGAUCCAAAGCAUACCACAUAGAAAGCACAGAGAAGAGGAGCUGGAGUGACUCUCGGGCAUUCUGUCUCGAUUUGGGUGGUCACCUAUUCAGUCCUCAGAGCCAGCCGGAGUUGGAUGCCCUUGGUAAGGAAUUAAAAAAAGGUGGCGUCUUAUACUGGACAGAUAUCCAAGAUUUUUCCACUGAAGGCGAGUACAUAUCAGACACAACCGGUCUGAAACAAAAUUUUCUAAAUUGGCGACAAAAGCCUGAUAAUUGGAACAACGAAGAUUGUGUUGAAGUCGGGUUCUCGAAUAGCUGGUCCAUGAACGAUAUCGGCUGUGCCACCCAAUUAAACUUUGUUUGUGAACGCCAACUUGAUUGACUUUAAGAUUUUAAUAAAACAAAAUGUUAUGCGCUUA